AAUCGUGGCCAUCAUGUACGCUAAAAUCGGCGAGGAAGAGGGACGACAGAAGCUAACGGAGGCGGAGAAGAAAACAGGACGGGCAGGAUAAUUCUACGCCACGCCCUCAAAUCCGUCUUGGUUCAUCUCUUGAGGAACUUCCUCUUUUAUCUUCCUGCAUAAUAAUCGAACCCUAUUUUCUGUAGCUGUCGCCCGCCCCGUUAGGAUCAUAAUCCCUCUUCCUCUUCCUGGGGAAGCUUUAUUUUUUAUUUGGAAUAGCCGAUUACAGGCAUUGCAGGCUCCGCAUCGCUGGCGAUAUUCUGUGCUGCGCAGCUAUGAGCAGAAUAACUCUCAACAAUCUGUAGCAUGGGAUUGAAAUCUUCGGGCGGGAUUGCAACCCUGCAUCCAACCGGAGCUGCGACUGGCGAUUGUGCCGGACUUGGGGAUUGAUACGAUCAAGAAAAGGUCGUGGUAUUGAUAUUCGAUCCUAUUAUUUGGUGCCGAUCGGAUGCUGGGGAUGCACUGAUUGGCCGGUGCGGAGCCAUGGAGGAGGACGCGGGAAGCAAGGAGGAUGGAUCUGCUGGCGGGCAAGCGGGAGGAGCGUAUAUUUCUGGUUCUUCUUCUGCUUGGACGCCGUUCAUAGGUGCUUUCAGCUCUUAUGAUGUCUCCGGUAUUAACUCCUCGUCUUCUCUCAAGUCAGACAGUAUUGGGGCUAUCGUCAGGAGGCCUCUGGUGGCAAGACUAACCAAAGAGAUAGUGGAAACUUUCCAAAUAUGUAACCCAGAUUUUAGAUUUUCAGAAAUAUUGAACCCCAAGCGCUUCCUUACCAAUCCAUCAACGGGGGUAUUGAAUGAUGGUUUUGAUAACGAGGACAAUGAUCUAAUUUUGUACGUGAACUCUAUUUUGAUCAAUACUGGGUCAAAACAAAGGUACAUUGUCAAAGAUCUUCUUGGUCAGGGUACAUUUGGACAAGUUGCGAGGUGUUGGGUUUCUGAAACUGAUAAUUAUGUUGCUGUUAAGAUUAUUAAAAAUCAGCCUGCUUAUUAUCGGCAGGCGCUUGUUGAGGUUUCCAUUUUGUCGAGGCUGAAUGAGAAAUUUAAUGCUGACGAGCGUCGUCACAUUGUUCGCAUCCUUGAUUAUUUUGUUUAUCAACAUCAUCUGUGCAUAUCUUUUGAGUUGCUUGGUGCAAACCUGUAUGAAUUAAUAAAAAUAAACCAAUUUAGAGGAUUUCCACUGAACAUUGUCCGUCGGUUUUCAAUGCAGAUACUGCAUGCAUUGGUGGUGAUAAAGGAUGCUGGCAUUAUACAUUGUGAUCUGAAGCCAGAAAAUAUACUUAUAACCUCAAGUGCUGGGCCAGAUAUAAAAGUAAUUGAUUUUGGGUCUGCUUGCUUUGAAGGCCGAACUGUUUACUCAUAUAUUCAGAGCCGUUACUACAGAUCCCCUGAAGUUCUUCUUGGCUAUCCAUAUACAGCUGCAAUUGAUAUGUGGUCAUUUGGAUGUAUUGUGGCUGAAUUAUUCUUGGGGUUGCCUUUAUUUGCUGGAGCAUCGGAGUUUGAUCUCCUUCAGCGGAUGAUAGAGAUUCUUGGUGAACAACCCUCUGAUGAUCUGCUAAGAGAUGCACAAAACACAAAUAAGUUUUUUAAACACGUUGGAAGUAUUUAUAGCUUGGAGGAUGAUGUCUUUAAGGGUGUUGUAUGUGCUUAUAGAACGUUAACUGCAGAAGAAUAUGAAGCUAGGGAAUGCAAAAAACCAGUAAUUGGGAAGCGGUAUUUCAAUUUUGUAAAGCUUGAAGACAUAAUUGAAAAAUAUCCCUAUCGGAAGAAUUUACUUGAAGAAGAGGUUACUAAAGAAACCUUAGAACGCUUGAAACUUGUUGAUUUCUUGAGAGGUCUCGUUGAAUUAGAUCCAGCAAAAAGAUGGUCACCUUUGCAGGCUUCAAGACAUCCAUUUAUCACUGGUGAAGCCCUUACAUGCCCAUACAUACCUUCACCAGAAACCCAACAAAUUCGUGCCAUUCAAACUGUUACAGUGGACCAUCACAAUCCUGGAGGAGGCCAUUGGUUAGCCGCUGGACUAUCUCCACAGGUCCAAAAUGUGAACAGAUGUUUUGGUCAGAACAGUCCUCAAUUUCAGAUGGUGUCUUUAUCCCAUGGAGGUAGUUAUGGUAGCAUGGGAAGUCAUGGCAGCCUCAUCGAUAACUUUGGUAUUGGAAGUAGCUAUGGAAGCUACGGAGAUGUUAAUAAUAAUAUGCAAACAUAUUUCUCUCCUGUUGGCCCAUAUGGUAUGAAUAUUCAAGCUCAAGUCGGAGUACCAAUUUUAGGUACUAGUCCAGAUACUCGGCGUAGACCUCAGAGAUCUCAUGGUCAUGGAACUUUAUUUGGCAUUUCUCCUACUGGAAAUCUUGGGCCAAUGUCUCUAGGAGCGAGUCCUUCCCAAUUUACACCUCCAUGUUCCCAAGUGCAGAUUACAACUGUUUCUCCAGGAAAGUAUGGUUCUUCUCCUGCACGAGGCAGCCUUCAUGGUUCCCCCUUGGGAAAAGCCGCAGCUGUUGCCCAAUUUAACCGGAGGAGGGCCUCUGGAAACCCUGGGAGUUCAACUAUGCAGCUUUGUGAAAGCACCGCUCAACAUUGGCAAGGCUAUCAUAAUGAGGGAACUGUUAGUGGCCAGCCUGAUGCUUUUUCUCAUGUUCAAUUUUCUUCUCGAAGCUCAUAUCCAUCUUUGAAUCACUCUUAUUGGAGCCAACAAAUGAAUAGUGGUAGGGGAUCAGGACCAGCUAUAAACAGCCAUCAUGCCCAUCCUAUUCAUAGCAGUCUCAACCCACCGCCGUCACAUUCCUCUAUUGCUUCUGGUGACAAACCUGAAAGCAGUUCAUUGCUUCCUGACCCUGCAGAUUGGUUUCCCUAUUAUAGUGAUGAGCUUCUUUUACAAGAGGAUAAUUAUGAUGUGAGUUCGCUAUCUUUGGGAAUGUCUAAUGGCAUGCGGUUGGGCAAUAUAAUGGGUCCUGCAACCUUAACCAGUGGAGUGAUCAAAUUUGGCCACGUUGCUAAUCAAGCAAUGACUAGUUCUAAUUCAAGAUUAUCAAAUCAAAGAACAGAUAUUCAGUUCCCGGCAUACCCGCUUGAUGAGAGCAGCCCACACCAAGCAAAUGAUUUGCAUAUUGGCCUCAGCCGCCUACCCAAUGUGGCACAAAACACUCCGAGCCGUUUUAGUCAGCAAUCAGUUAAUCGGCAUAGUAAUCUUAUGCAAUCAAUACCAGUGCAUGGUUUGAGGACGCAUCAGAAAAGUCAAGCUUCCCGAUCCAAUUAUACUAUGGUUGAUUCACAUGUUGGGACAAAUAAUAUGUUCAACAAUAGCAUGCAAUGGGGGCAAAGAGCUGGGCAUCCGCUUAUAACUUUCCAGCCAUCUUCGCAUGGAAGGAAGGGAGGAAGUAUUUCAUAGUGCAGUAGGAUUUUUUUUU